CAACGAUAUUUUGAAAUGGGAGUGAAAGAAAAAAAUAGUCGUUCUAAAUGGACCACCCUAAUAAUUAAUAUAAUUAUUAUUAUAUUAUUGAUUAUUUAUUACAAUUUUCAGGCUCAUAUAAAUCAUCGACAUGUAUCAGGUCCAACGCAGCCUAUUCAAGGAAUCCAAGUUGAUCCACCACAAUAUCUUCAUCCAAAACCAGAUAUUGAUUCACAAGUAGGAAAAGUCUUAUCUUCAUCAGUUGCUUCGGUUCGAAUUAAACAAGUACCUUCUCAUAUGGUACAGCCUGUAAUGGGCAAUGAUCCUCGCGUUAAUUCCAUAGUAAAUCAAUCGUCUCUUGAACAUCGCCAGCAACAUCGAUCACAACAGAUUAUGUCAAUGCAAAACUAUUCUCAAAAUUCAGUAUCUUUGCCAGCUAAUCCUCCAAUGAGAACAAAUCUCAUAACUGUACCUAUUCAAGAUACUACAAUAACUGCUCAUGACAUGCAUUCUCAGCCAACCCAUUAUUAUCCUCAACAACCAUCACAAGUAAGUUAUGGAGGAUAUAAUGUACCACCACCAGUUUCACAGGCGCAAAACUAUUACCCCGCACAACACUCUGGACAAGUGUCUUAUGCUGUGGCACAAUCACAACAGCAGUACGUAGUUUCGGGUCCAGCAUCCAUCCGUCCUUCACCUAAUGGUUACAUGCAAGAUGCUCAGUAUGCACCUCCACAACAAAUUCCUGCGCCACAAUCUCAAUGGUCUCAGCAUCGUCAAUUUUAUAGAUAAAUACGAUGCUGUUUUUUUUUUAAUAAUUUUCAAUUAGAUGGUUAGUUUAAUCGAUAAUUUAUUUUUUAAUAGAAAAAAAAACGAGGAAAGUCUUGUUAACACUUAAGACAUUAAAUUGUUCGUUGAGUUAAGUCAAAGUUUUAAUUAUUAUGAUUUGUCACCUGUCAGAAGUUUAAAAGUCAGUUUUCAUCAUUAUACAAUAAUAAAUAUCUUUUUUAAACAUGUUAUUAAGUC